AUGGACGACUUAGUAUUGAACUCGCUCUAUCUAGAGCUUUGGCAGUAUAACUAUACGAGUAACUACUUGAAUGGAACGGAUCCACCAAAUAUGAAGAACUCCUGUAUGUACGAAACAGCGACGGAGUCCACUUUCUUGUGUCUCUUGCUGCUUCUGGGCUACUUCGGCAACGCAACUUUUUUAUUCGUUGUGAUUCGUAUUAAAACCAUGCGAACACUUCCUAACUUGUAUUUCGUCAACCUAGCCUUAGCUGAUUUCGUGGUCUUGUUUGUUUAUAUGAUUCAAGUUAUUAUACGCACAUUCGACACAACGAUUUCUGAAGAGGGGUAUGUUGCCAUCGCGACCAUUACCAUGUUUAUAAUGGUAACCGGGCUGUGUGCCUCAUUUAUUUCAGUCGGUGUCAUCAGUCUUGAAAGAUACCUUGCUAUCUGCCAUCCCUACAAAGCCGUGAAAUUAAGACAGAAAACUAGAGUGCUUGUUUUGAUGGUCCUAAGCUGGGUCGCAGGAUUCGUCCCUGGCAUGUUCGCUGCCUUGGCAAUGAUUCCAGGAUUAUUCGAUGAUGUAUACACAGAAGAGUUGAUGGUAACAUCUAGCGUUCUCUUGAGUCUUGUUGCUGUUAUUUCAAUCAUCUUGGUCGUCAUCUUCUACCUACUCAUCGCCAAGGAGAUGGGUCAGCUGCAACGCACGAGGGCGCUGCAGUAUGAUGGGUUUGUUAAAGAAGAAAAGCGUGUGGUCACUUUAUGUAUGUGUAUCGCAGUAUUGUUCUUUGUCUGCAUCUCGCCCAAAGUUGCCGCACUCGUAUUAAGAAGUAUUCCAAGCUUGAGACUGAGUCCGUCUGGUUUCAUCUGUCCAAUGUGUAUGACAUCAUUGCCAUCACCAGAAGCAUUGCAAGGCCAUUGGGAAGCUGUCCAUAAUGAUUCUGCUACGCCAUCACCUCUGGAACCUGUCGUUAGUGCAGCUGAUAAAUCCACAGAGGGAUUUGUUGAAGUAAAUCUCUUUGACUAUAAGAACAGAGAUGGUGAUGUGUUGGCUUUGCUUCAAGAAGUUGAUGAUCUGAAAACCUCCCUUAAGGAGGAGAAAUGGUAUUCCGAGGAGCUGAAAAAGGAAGUUGAUAGAUUACAGGAGAGUAGAAUGCAGCUUCAACUUUCAGAACAUAACAGUGAGGAUGAUAAUUCUCCACUACAAUUAUUUCAAGAAGAGUUGAGUAAGUCAGAAGAUGCUCGGGCCAUUUUAACAUCUGAUGUGAGACAUUUGAGAGAACAGCUAACUGAGGUGAAGGAUGAAUUUGAGGUUGUUAAGCAACAAAAAGAAAUGAUGGAGCAAAAAGCAGCAAAACUUGCAUCUGAAAUUGUUGGAUUGAGAGCGCAGUCUGAUGAAGACCAAGGUCAUAGAGCAGGAACAGAAGAAAAAUAUGCACAAUUGAAAGAGGAACUGGAUGCCGCCAAAAGCAGAGUGAAGGAUGUGGAAUCAGAAUUAUUGCAAAGACCCGGUGCAGAUGAUGUAUUGGUUCUCAAAAAGGAACUGGUAUCCGUGCAACAAUUGAUGGAUGAGACAACACUAAGAAAAGAAGCAGAACAUGAAAAGCUAGUUCAAGAAAACGUACAAUUGGUGGAAAAAAUCAAAGAACUUGAAGGAUCCAUAAUACAGCUCAAUGAUUCUUUAUCACAAGCUCCAAAGAUGCAGGAAUUUGAAAGCCUACAGAAGUCUUUAUUAGAAUCUACUGACAGUGUAAAUGAAAUUCAAAUUCAAUUACAAAGUCAAAGCCAACAUUGUACUUCCCUGGAACAGGAGCUCAGUCAGGUUAAACAGGAGUUGACUGCAAAAGAUUCUUGUGUAGAAACUUUAGAGAAAGAGAUUGGAAUGUACAAGAAAAGUGCAGAAGACCAAGUAGAAGAUAAGAAACAACAAAUAAUUCAACUCCAGGAACAGAUUGAUAAGCUAAAGUUACUAGUAUCAGAGAAAGAGUUAUCUGUUAAUGAACUACAUAAACAGUUAGGAGACUCCAAACAAUCAACACAAUCUUUGUUACAUGAAAGAGAACAACAAAUAAAUGCACUUCAACUGCAGAUUAACAAGAAUCAGUCACAUAUCCAAGAAAAGGAGUCUGUCAUCAAUGAUGUACAAAGACAGUUAACUGAUGUUCAGCAACAUUAUCAAACAGAAGUUUCCACCAAUGAUGAAUUGAAAGUACAGCUCAGGGAAAAGCAAAACCAAAUUGAGGAGGCAGGCAGACAAAUGGACAACAGGUAUGACCAUAUUGAAGCUGGUGAUGGAGUAGAAACAGCUAUCAACCAACUAAAACAAGAAAAGACUGAACUUCAAGAGAAACUGAACAGCAGUGAACAAAGUCUGGAGCAGCUGUCAUAUGACCACAGCGAAAAGAUAGAAGCUGUACACAAACAGUUAAAUGAGACCAAAUCUAAACUUGCUGAAACAACAGACAAGAUGAAUAAAAUAGACAGCAGUCUGAAAGAUCAGAUGAAUAAGCUCUCAUCCUCUCAAGAAAAAGUUGCAAGCCUUGAAACAGAACUUAAGGAGAAGACUGAAUGCUUGAUGGCAACAGAGGCAGAGAAAGUUAGCCAAAAAUCUGAUUUAGAAAACCAGAUAAAAACUGCACAGAAUGCUGUUGAAGAUAAACAAACUGAACUGACUCGAGUAGAACAGCAAUUACAGAAGAUUACAGGUGAGCUGGAUGUGAAAAAUGAAAAUCUGAUUAAAUUAGAAGAAAGUCAUAAGGAGUUACAGAAGGAAUUUGGUGUUCAACAACUGAGAAUAACUUCCUUGGAAGGUGAAUUGCAAGAACAGGUGAAACUAGUAUCCAAUACAGAGGAAGCCAAAUCAGUGUUAAAAACAGAGUUGGAAAAGCAAAUUAAAGAGAUACAAUCAAAGCUUGCGGAAACUGAAAGUAGACUCAAUGAAGAACAAAUUAACCAUCAAAAGAAAACUUCAGAAUUUACAGAAUUAUGUGAAAAGUUUUCUGAACUGGAGACUAAAUAUACGGCGAAAGAGGAGAAAAUAGCAUUAGUGGAGGAAAGAAAUAACAAAUUGUCAGAAGAUUUGAAAAAUGCUCACAACACGUUACAACAAAAAGACAUUCACUUUGAUGAACUUCAACAGGAAGUACAGAAGGUGACUGCGGAAUACUCUGAGAAACUCAAGGGAAUGCAAGAAGAACAACUGAAACUGAGUGAAGAAUCUGUCAAAUAUAAAAAGGAAGUGGAAGAAGAGUACAAUAAAUUAAAAUCAGAGAAAACACUUGUUGUGGAUUCGUUGAAUGAAACUAAAACAAUUCUGGAAGAUAAAAACAAGGAAUUUGCAGAGAUGAAGAAUAUCUAUGAAGACGAAAAGCAAUACAUGAAAGCAGAAGCCAGUAGAAAGGUUGAAGAAAGGCAGAAGCAAUUAUCUGAAUUGAACACAGUAUUGGCGUCAACACAACGACAUCUCAAUGAAGCCAAGUCUACAUUAGAAGAGAAGAUCCAGGUAGAGACAGAGUUGAGUGAAAGAGUUGGACAGCUUCAAACUGAGAAGCACGAGUUACAGGAACAGCUUCAUUUAAGCAAUGAGAGAAUCAAGGCAUUCCAACACCAGAUGAGUGAACAAGAUGAAAACUUGGCAAAACAGAUAAAUCAGUGUGAAGAGUUGCAACAACAAAUGGAACAUAAAGAAGAAGUUCAGAAAGAUAUGCAGAAGAAAAUUGAGAUUCUGGAACAAGAGAUUGCCAAACCAUGUGUACAGUGCAAAAACUAUGAAGCCCAGGUUGUGAAAUUACAAACAACACUUAAAGACUAUCAAGAGAAGUGUGCAGCCUUGGAAUCUGAUUUACAUAAUGUACACGCUACUUUAACUCAAAAUGAAUCUGAACUUGUUGAAAUGAAGAAGACAGAAUCAACAUUGUCUACAAAUCUACAAGCUGUUACUGAGGCCAAGUGUGCACUUGAUGUCAGAGUAACAGAGUUAGACAAUGAAUUGAAGGAAGCUGCUAAACUUCAAUAUACCCUGGUACAGGAAAAGACUGGACUAAUUGAGCUCCUUGAGAAGGAGAAAGCAACUUGCCGGGAAUUAUCUGACUCCAAGACAUCAUUGGAGUUACAAAUCAGUGAUUUACAGACAGAAAUGCAAAGUGAAAGGGAAGCUAAAAACAAGGAAAUACAUGGUUUAUUGGAAGCCAAGAAUCUAUUAAUCAAACAAAAACUGGAUUUUCAGUCACAGAUUAGUGACUUAGACAACCAGUUAUCAUUGGUCAAAUCAGAACACGAUGAGACGAAAGAAGUAGCCCAGAGAGUGCAGACAAUGUUGAGAGAUGAAUCAGCGGCUCUUCAAACUAAACUGGCUGCUGAGAUCCAGACGAAAAAUGAAAUUCAAAAGGAGAAAUCUGAAAAUGAAGAGAAAUUUAAUAUUCAAAUAACAGCCUUAAAUGAAAACCUAGGAACACUGAGGGGGGAUAUGACAAGGUCUGAAAGUAGAAUUGGAGAAUUAGAGAAAAAUAAUGAUGAACUUAGAGGAGAGAUUGCAGUCCUGGAAGCCACCGUCCAAAAUAACCAAGAUGAACGAAGAAUUCUUCUUGAAAGGUGUUUACACAGUGAAAAUGAAGUUGAGAAACUUCAGAAUAAAUCUGCAGAAUUGCGGAGGAAACUUGACGAUGCACAGUCUGCGAUGCACGAACUAGGACGCGAAAAUCAGAACCUACAGAUUGUGAAUACUCAGAAGAUGAGUAGAAAAUGGCAGGACGACGAUCAGAUUUAUGACUGUCAGAGUUGUGGCAAAGGAUUCUCAGUCACUGUUAGAAAACACCAUUGUCGACAUUGUGGAAUGAUAUUCUGCAAUGAAUGUUCAGCAAAGACAGCGGCUGUGGCAUCCUCUAAGAAACCCGUACGAGUGUGUGACACAUGUUAUGUUGAACUUACAACAGGUUCGGCAAAACAGACCAGUGGCACAGUUAUGUAAAGUAGUACUGCAAAUGAGCCCACCUAUCUUACCUGUCCUUCAGAUGUAUGUAAAGACAAGCUUGU